ACACGGCUGCGACCCGAUCGCCGGAGGAGCGAUCCAAGGCCAUCGGCGGUGACGACGUUCAGGACGAGGAGAGACACGCCAAGAAGAUGAGGACCACUCUGGAAGGCGACGACGGCGACGAGGAGGAGUUGGAGAUCUCGUCUCCGCUCCGCGAGCCCUACCUCCCCAAGGAGGUAGACAUGCGCGCCAACCCGCAUAUCCUCGCCGCCUAUAAGCUCGCCCGAGACAAAUUCCAUGAUAAACGAGGUUAUCUCUCUCUUCCUCCCCCGUCUCCCAUCCUUGUGCUCUUGCACUUACUUUCUAAGAGAAAGAGAUCCUUCUCAUCUUGCUGCCGAUCGCGAGGAGAAGCUGCUCCCCAUGCGCCUAUCAUCACGCUUCGGAUCGUCGCCCGUCCUCAUCCCUGAAUCCGGGAGGAAGGCCGUGCUCUCCACCGCCGGAUCCAUCAUCCGCCUCUCCUCCUCUCUCGGUGGCGAUCCGCUGGCACAGUCCGCCGGUUUCUGGAUCGACUGGGACGAGGGGAGCAAAACCGGCAUUGUCUUAACGACCGCGCAUCUGAUCCGCGCCAACAAGCCGCUGGCCAAAGACUACUGGGCGAAAAAAGACCGGUACCAGUAUCAUCCCGGUGCUCAAGUUACUGCUCACUUGCUCGACGACACCACCACGGAGGGCCGUCUGCUCUAUCACCAGGAGCAUUACGACCUUGCUUUCUUUAAGAUUGCAAUGGAUCAGAGUGUUCAAGUAGCCUCUUUCGCUGACACGUUCAACAGCGGCCAGCAGGCUUUGCGGCUCGGAAGAGAUGGAAAUUUGAUUUUAAGGAUAACUCUUGGCAAGAUGAUGCAAGGUGACUUCGUGUAUUUUUGCGAGGCGGAGACACGGAGAGAGAGUGCACGGAAUGGACCGGGAUAUACUUCAUACGCAUCAGUUCCCAAGUCUGAGUUACAUUCCGACGAUGGAGGAGAGCCGGUCAUUGACUUUGAUGGAAAGGUUGUGGGGAUGAUCAAUGAUUGUCAACGUGGGUCCUUUGUUCCUUUUUUCAUUUUGAAUAGGUGCAUGGAACUCUGGAGGAAUUUCGGGUGCAUCCCUCGGCCCCACCUUGGAUUGCAGUUUAAGGCCAUCAAGUUUCUAGAUCCCUCUCAUGUUGAGUACAUAUGGCGCAAGCUAAAAAUUGAUGAAGGUCUUCUUGUUGAAGAGGUGUCAAUGGGAUCUCAUGCUGAAAAAGUUGGAAUCCGAGUAGGUGAUAUUAUUGGCAGCAUUGAUGGAGAACGUAUUUCUACCAGAAUUGAGCUUUUUAUCUCAUCACAAAUGGAGAAGGGUUUUCACCCCCUGUAUCACCUGACCAAGAUUAGUCAGAUUCGGAUUCGGACAAGUCACUUCGUUGUGCUUGCAAUAAUUCAUGUGAGGGUUUAUGUCUUCAAAGUAUUUAUUUGUAAAAUGGAGGGAUAACAUCUAGAAUAAGACCAGAUUGUUUAGCCAAGUCCUAUAUUUCAAGGUCUUACGCAUGCCUAGAUAUUUAGGGGAGCUGAGACAAGAGUUUCAGUACUAAGAGGGGGAAUUAUGAUGUUGUGUUUGUGUGUGCUGCUAACCUCACCGCUCCUAGAAGAGGUUAUCAUGGCACUUGUGUUGUAUGUAACCAAACAACAACACUUUGCAUCUCGGUAGAACAUGAUGCAGGCGACAAACAUAGGUGCCUAUGUUGCUGCUCGGACUGGCUAGAGGGGAUGCAGGCAAACAAACUAUGUGUAAAACAUGGUUUUUGACUUGCCACAGAUGCAAAGUGCCAAAAAUAACAAAACAUUCCUUACUUGUACUCAUCGGGUCUAUCCGCCUAAUACUGGAAAGAAAGAGAUUUUGGAGCAAGGAAAGGAAAGAAGAGGGGGGAAAGGGAGUGACCUCGCUCAGAAGUGAUGGGCGAAGAGGUUAUAGCUCAGGCAACUUCAAAUUGAAUUGCAAAAAUGUCUUGUAUUAGAAACAUUUGUACUCCCUCUGAUCCAUAUUGCAUG